AUGACCUUAGACUCCCCACCUCCAUCACGCGGUGACAUCAACACGUCUCGUUGCGUGACAUCCACAUCCAAGAUAUUUAACCCCGAGAGCGACGCCGACGUGCAAGAGACCAUGGACGCUGAAUCAGUGACCGAAGACCACAGAUCCGUCCAGCGCCAUGCUGCUUUGGCAUGGUCGGAAGAAGAGAUCGAGAACACGUGGAAGCACACGCCCAAAUUCAAACCAAACGGCUUCUCUGUGACCGGAUUCCCCUAUCCCCCUGAUGCGCCACUAGCAUACAUCAAAUUCGGGGACCCUGUCGAGUGGAAGCUAGCAGAGGUCCGGAACCAGAUAUUCGUCCACGACGCCUUGCAGCAGCUGCCGCCCGAGGAGAAGCAGGGCAUCCACGUGCCGGAGGUGUACCGCACGAUGAGGAUCGGGUACCUCCUCUUCAUCAUAAUGGAGUUCGUGCCCGGGAGGACACUCGCCCAGAUCACAGAGGACUGGGAGAACUGGGUGAUGGCCCGGGAGGAGGUGACCAACAAGAUCGCCCAGGGGAUGAGACUGCUGCUAUCGCUUCCUGUCCCGUGCGAUGCGAAGCCGGGCCCAGUCGGUGGCGGCAUCAUCCGCCACCCCAUGUUCAAGGACUGCGAGGCCGCGACAGAAUACGACUCUGUCGACAUGCUCGAGAGACAUUUGAACAAGGUCGCAGCAUUGCGUGUCAAGGACGGGGACCCGCCAACGGUCACUUUGGAGAGGGAGCUACACUUCUACUUCGGCGAUUUGUACCACGAGAACUUCAUAUUCAAAGACUCCGGCGAUCUCUAUUUCAUAGACUUUGAACAGGCCGGAUUCCUCCCGCUCAGCUUCAUGGCUUACGCUUUGGUUGCCAGAUGGCCUAUUGGCUUUUGGAUCAAGGAAAGCCUGUGUCUACCGGAGGAUAAUAUUAAGGCAAUGCACAGGGCCGCUUACUGGUUCUUGAUCGGUGUACACGAUAUCGGGCUUCCUCUCGACGAGUCCGACGGUGCGAUUGCACGCAGGGGUCGACGAUCCAGGGCCAAUGAUCCUUAG